UUUCCGUGAAGUGAAAAUGGCCCCCGUUCCUCGUGCAUGUUGUGGCAAGCGAUGAAUUGACUGUCCUGCCUCCAUGAUCUCACAAACAGUACAUCAGGGAUGGUGUGCAAGUGCAUUUCAGAACAUCAUGAAUUCCGGGCAGAUUGAAGUUUCGAUACAGCAAUCAAAAGGACAAGGGAUCUGUACAGACAAAAGAUGGCAGAUGAAGAAGCUCCAUGCACUACUCUCUGGAUAAAGCCCAAAAGAUGGAUGGCUUUGGAAACAAUGUUUUCAGGUGCACAGGGGUACUUUCUCAAGACCGGUUGAAGAAUUUCCCUUUGAUAAGGCUACACUUGAACUAGGCAGAUAGGGACCUAGCUAUUUUGUCCAAUAUGGACCACGUGGAUGAUGUUCAUAUCUGUGGCAGAUGCAAAGCCCAGUUCACAUCCAUAGAAGUCUUCUUUGGUCACAAGAGGACUGGGUGCCAGACAAAGCAGAGCACCCACCCAACUGUUGACACCAGUCUGUUAAGAGCAGCCACUUCGUUUGUAAACCCAGCAAUGACAAUUGCCAGCACACCCACCAGCAUCCCAUCCACCACCACCACUACCAGAAAACAACGGCGGAAGCCCAUCCUUCUUGCCUCGACACCCAAGGUUGCUCAACCAGUGGCACCCAGCAACGCCACCCCUGCUCAGCCCUGUGACCCCAGCACUUCCUUGAGCGCCGAGCAGAACUUCAAUGAUUUGGCUCCCACGUGCAGUCCAGGGCUUCCGCAAACUGGCAGCGACACCUUGACACCGAGUACAGCCAGAGAAAGCUUGAGGAUUGUGGGAAACUGUACAAGCAAGCAAAGUACAACCACAGAUGGCACCAAAACUGAGGGGAAGAGUAAAGUAAAAGGUGAAAAAUGCUAUAAAUGUCUCCAUGAAGGCUGUGACUUUGCAACCGCACACUUGAAAGACAUCAUUCGUCAUAAGCGAAUACACACAGGUGACAGGCCUUUCUCCUGUAGUUUCUGCCAGCGUCGAUUUACCCGCAAGGACAAGCUCCAGCUUCACAUCCGCACCCACAAUGGCCAGAAGCCCUUCCGGUGUGAGCUGUGCACGUACGCGGCCGUGGAUGGGGGCAGCUUGAAGAAGCACAUGCGCACCCACACGAAGGAGAGGCCCUUCAAAUGUCAGAUCUGCUCCUAUGCCAGCCGCAACUCCAGCCAGCUGACCACCCACCUGCGAAUCCACACUGGCGACACGCCCUUCCACUGUCAGCAGUGCUCUGCCAAGUUCAAGAUCAACACGGACCUGCGGCGUCACCUGCGAAUCCACACGGGCGAGAAGCCAUUCAAAUGUUCAUUCUGCCCUUACGCUAGUGCCUUGAACAGCAACCUGAAGUCGCACAUCAAGAACAACCACCUCAGGGAGAAGAAGUUCCAGUGUGAGGAGUGUAGUUUUACGUGCUGCACCAAGAGACAGCUGCGGCAGCAUGAACGCACUCAUCCCUCACACAACCCGGUCAAGUGCCUCGAGUGUGGCUUCCUGUGCCAGAACAAGAGAGCCUUCCGCAGACACAAGCGCGUGCACAGCAAGGAGAAACCCCAGAUGUGUCCCCAUUGCUCAUUCACGGCGAAGUACCACAGUCAGGUAGCUUACCACAUGAAGAAGUCCCACCCUGAUCUCCUCGCAAAACCGAAGCAGCCAAGAAAAGUCACUAAACAGAAGAAGUCCAAAGAGACCGGCAAGUCAGAGAGGAGGAGGAAGCCAAACCCUUCCACGGUUCAGCUGAACGGCAAGAAGCCAUACAAGUGCGACGAAUGCAAAGAUUCCUUCAUGCGGAAGGAGUCGUACCUGAGUCACAUGAGACAGCACAAGAACCCCAGCAUUGAAAGCACUGCCUUGGCCGUAAUGCAGCUGCAGCAGCGGCCCCUGGUGCCAACCACGUGCACAGUUCCAACCAGCCCAACCCACCUGAUGGGAAGUACAUGUAUGGCCAAUUCAAACCAGAACAACAACAGCAUACUCAGUGAGUUGAACCCUACGGCUUCUUCAUGCACCAAUGAUAUUGAGAUGCUGUUGAAUGUCAUAAACUCUCAAGCCCCUGUGAAUGCAGUUUCUGGCAAUCUGGACCCUGGUGUAAAUGCCAGGAAUUCUGCACCGAAACAGCCACAUGAAAGCACAACCCAGGCUUUGGUGUCGACGCAGUUGGUUGAUAGUUUCCCUCAAAUGAUUGCACUUCCAAAACGGCCCAAGCAUGGCACCUCCGUGAACAACAACAGCAGCAUUGGCAGUCUGCCGCCACACUCUAUCACCAUUAUCCAGCCAGAACAGAUCAGUGGUGACAGGGUCACUCUCGAGGUUAUCUCGCACAGUGCUGUUGGUGAAAGUUCGCCUGGAACUCUGGACCAGGCCAACACUGGCCUCAACAUCUCAGGCCAGCAGUUUGUUCUCAGACAGCUUCCCGUGGUCAGAAAUCAACCGUUACUUCACAUCCCCCAGUUACAACAUCCGGAGUCACAGGUACCACCAACUGUGCAGCCAGCAAAUCAACAGAUGAUACGCAACCCACUGAAUCAGACCACACCCCAGCUGCCGGUGCCCAUCAGUUUGAGUGUGCCGCACAGGGGCUUCCUUCCUUCAUUCAACAGGCCUGUAUUUUCUGUGAGCCACAGUGCUGUGGGUGGUGCAACUUUGACCCAGAGCUCGCAACCACAAGGGCUGCCCAAUCCGAUGCACCCUCAGGGCUUUCUACAACCGCCACCCCCAGUGCCUACAGUUAACCAGCAAGUUGACAACACAUCCUUACUUGGUUCUAGUAACUUACAGGCAGACUUGAUGCAGGCAGACCUGCAGUGCACAACAUUAUCAUCCACCGUUCCUCAAGUUCAUCAACCACCCAGCUCAGCUCAGCAGCACGUGUAUAGCAAUGUUAAUCAGUUUCAAACGGGUAUACAGCAGUCACAGGUGGGCACAUCACCUGCCUUGCUUCCCUCUGCCAAUAUGCUGCACACGUUCACCAAGUUCCCCUCACAGGCUUCAAAUGUUGACAGCCGCACGGGUCAGCUGCAUGUGAUGUCCCAGCACCAGCUUCAGGACACCAGACAACAUCAUCCCAACCACCAGCCGCAGACCUCGGCUCAGGCCACUACUGCAACUCAACUCAUUGGCGCACUGUUCGGACAGCAUGUCGCGAAUCAUCCCCCUCAGGUGCCAUCACAGCAGCAGCAACGGACUGUGGAACCAGUGAGACACCAUUCUGCACCUCCUCACAACAGCAUCCUCCACGCACCCCAACUUGCCCCCAUUACUGCAUGCAGUACCUUCACGUCGCCCAGUUCAGUGGGAGAUGUAAACCUCACGUCACUCAGGGUCAUGACCGCAGGGGCAAUCAUCCCAGCCACCCAGCCCCAGACAACAACUUCCAUCUAGAUUCCUGCAAGGCCCUCUGCAGUCUCCUGUGUGCAAUAUAUAUCUGAUGCUGCAACCAGUUAGGAUCAUUGGAAGUGUUAACAUCUCAGCUGACCCAGCGAUGCACAUUGACCCAGGUGAGAUUAGAAGGCAUCUCUCAAAUUCCUGAACCGACAGUGGAAGACUAGACCUGACCAGAUCCAAGGGAUCAGGUCACACCAGGACAGAUUUCUCAUCUUUAGGAAAGCCUAAACCAUGGACAGGCUUGGAAGGCUCGUUCAACCUCUUCUCCACAUCUGCUCGCCCUGAGGACAAAAAAGGCAAGCAGACAUACAAUUCAAUUAUUGUGUUAGCUUUACAUCAGUCAUGUCUUGUAUAUUUUUCUUUGACUUUGGUGCAAAGACAUCUUCUAAAACAUAGGAACGUUAUUUAUUUUGAGGGUCACUUGUAGCAUUGAGGUUUUUUUCUUUUACUUAUAAAUUUGUGCAUAUGAUUAUUACACUGAUCAAACCUUGUCAUGUCAUUGUUUAAACAUCUUAAAAGGUCAUCCAAAGUGAAAAUAUAGCACCCAUGCUGAGAUAAGCCUGAGUAUGGUUGAACUAGUCUGGUGCCUACAUUUUUUCCUCCUCCUAACUCUUUUUUUUUCGCUAAUUUUUGUUCAAACAUGAACGGAGGAGUGGUGCUUAUUUAUACAAGUUAAUUUAUGAAUAUGUAUUAUCCAGUUUCUAUUUAUGUGAUUUGCAGUACAACUUUACAAUACUGAUGAGGCUUUAUCUUGGUCUGAGGGAACAAGUUUUUUGGUGAUCUAUAAAAGUUGAAAACAUGUAUUAAAUGGUACUUCUUUAUUUAAGGGAUCUCCUUAUCCACAGUCUGAACCUUUCACUUUUAGGGCAACUUAAAUUGAAGGUACAUACUUCCAUUGAAAGCAUUUUAAUAAGUUAUUUUAUUAUGGUACAAACAUUGAUGUCCUACUGCUGCGCUCGCAAGAUGCACAUCACACAUCUAACCACAGGGUUCAUGGUACUAACAUAUGAUUGGCCAUCAUAAAUUGACUUACUGUUGAGAACGUAGAACCCGCAAUCUGAUUGGCUCAAAGUUAUGAGAGCCAAGCUGCUGAUUUGUUGACUGAGGUGUUAUGACCAUUUACUGUGGAUCCUUGAAUGGGAUAGGAAUGCGAUAGGUUCCUCAGUUGAACGUCAGUUUGUACACACUGUUCUCAUCCCCUAUCAAAGCAACGCUAUUCUAGCCUUGUUACAAGUAAAGUGUAUGUACCACCGGUUUUAUUGUUCAAGUACAUAUCCAUCUGUUGUUCCAGACACAAUUCAAAUCAGGGGGAACUACAGUUGUUAUAACAUUGAUUGUCAAGAUUUUACUUUGUUUUGAAUGAACACCAACUUGUAUAGGUAGUGGAGUCUAUUUGUCAUCGUGGUUUGUUUUUUUUUUGCCAAAUCAGAGGGUUGUUUUCAGAACAGCCAUUAUUCAAAUGAACACCAUGUGAUGACCUGUGAAUUAUGUUUCUAUGAUUGAUAAGACCAGACUGUCGGCUUAUUCAUGUCUGUCAGAUUGGUGUACUGAUCGCCAGAUCCUGGCUGAUCGUUUGAUUCCAUCCAGCAUUUGGCUGAGUGAUAGCUGACCAAUUUGACGCCUCUUAAUUAAAAGAUUUUGGCCGUUUGUCGUCCCGACGAUCACUCACAAUGGCAAUUUAAUCAAUUUCUGGAUUUGAUUGUUUGAAUUUUUUUCUAAUCUCUGGCUAUUUGCUGCAUUAAUCAUUCCUUUUGAUGGGGACCAAUUUCAUAUGGUUAAUUAAGGUGAUUAUCAAUCACAGUGAGGUUUUUGUUAAUAAAGUUUUCUUUGGCAGGUAUUAUGUUUUCAUUAUUAGAUAUGUUGAGUCAUAUAGCUUAAGGUUAGGCAAUUCUAUGAUUAAUCAAAUUUUGAUAAAUGAAAGUCAUUGAGUGCCUUCAUUGUUAUAGAUACCACUAUCAAAAAUCAAGAUCUUAAUUAAUUUACUUCCUUUGUUUACAAACGGUUAAAUUUGAAAAGCUAGAAAGUUUUAUCUUCAUGUCAACUUUUUACAUUACUUAAUUUUUUAUAUCCCAAAUACAAUAAAUGUUGGUAAUUUCCAUACUAUGUCUAUAAACUUUUGGUAUUUUGGUAUCUGUUCCUUCUUGUUACUUUUAAACCCUAAAGUAGCUGCGUUGUUCAAAUGAGUUCACAGCACUGUAGCAUUCCUUGACAAGUUGUUCAACAGAAGUCCAUUACAAUCUGUUCGCGACAGUGGAAAUACCUGUGUGUUGUGGCAUCCCUUUUAGUCAUGGAUGAGGCCAUUAUAGUCACUUGCGUUUGUUGAACUUGCUAAAAAUUGAUGCCCAAUCUUUUUCCUAAUUAACUGCGCUAAUCCGUGAUUUUGACAUAAAUGCUUCGCUACUCGUGCUACUGUCACAGAAGCCCUCCCUUCACCUGAGGUCCGCUGGGAAAUUCUGUUGGAAACCCUUUGUUGUCGUAACUUUCACGAUUUGUGAUCAACAAGCCCUGGUGAUGUAAAAUCUGAUAUGCGUAUCAUAUCCGUGAGAAAACAACGCAGGGGAAGUGCUGAUCCACCGUGUAGCUGUGGUGCGAUUACAGGGACUGUGGAAAAUGCACAUUGGAGUGUUGUAAAAACAAUGUUGGUGUAAUGCGGGGGAUAUGAAUGACAGAAAAUACUGUUUGUCUAUUCAACCUGGCUCUUUCAGGUCGGGGGGGUGAAGGAAGGAGGAUGGAGAAAAAAAAGAGACAGCCCCCCAAAAAAUUGAGUGAUCAUCGGAACAUUUGCAUCGUAAUUGCUUAGUUUGGCUCGUCCAAGUCUUAAUGCGGCAAACGUGCAUCAAUCAUUUUGCUACGGACAGUCACAGGGAAAUAUACAAAGGAUUGGUGGUAGCGCCAUUGUAGCCCACAUACGUUAAGUGGCAGCGCGACCAAGGGGAGGAUUUGAUAUGGCAUCAUAUUUCGUAUAUCUUUCUUGCCCCCGCUGAUAUCCGAGGCACUAUCAUUGCUUACAGGAUUGGGCUGUAAAGCAUAAGGGACCUUUGGGUUUUGAUUUGGGUGGGGGGUUAUUUUUGUUUCUGCUUUUUUUUAAAUACUUUCUGUGUCAUGCCAUACAUUUAAUUUCAAAGCCUAAUCAUGCUUACAGUGUACAUAUAUGUACCUUUAGAAAUAUAUUCAUGUUUUGACUGUUAGCAAUUGCUUCUGUGAAUAAAAAAUUUUAGGUUUCUUGGAUAAAUCUAUUUCCUAUUUUUUAAAUCAGUUUAACAAAUGUGACACACAGCUAGUUUUAAACCUGUUUGUCUUCCGUAUACAUUUACUUGUACAAUAGUUUUGAAACUGCAAU